UUUCCCCUAAAACGUUUCAGUAAAUUUAACCCGUGAUGUUCGCACUCGCAAGAAGGCAGCAGUUCAUGCGUGACUGUUUUUCUUUAGGUUGUGCUGUUGCGCACAUAUUUAACGGACGUGCGUCUGGUCGUUUUGGUCUUUACUAGAGGACAACAUGAAUCAUUCAUUUCGCUGAACGUCAAUCUAAAGGAGCCCGCAGGAGGUGAAGCGGAUUCCUCUGGUCGCCCUCCCGCAGUUAUGGCGUCCGGAUAUGGGUACGAAUCGCGGACCAUAGGCAAAGAUGAUGUGAACUACAGGAUGCAUUUCCGUAUGAUCAACGAGCAGCAAGUGGAGGAUAUUACACUGGACUUUUUCUAUAAGCCGCACACAAUAACACUGUUAACAUGCACAGUGCUCAGCUUGAUGUAUUUCGCAUUUACAAGGGAUGAGACAAACGAAGACGCUAACUUGUGGGUGGGCCUCAUCCUGGUCAUCUCCUUCUUCCUGGUCAUCAGUGUUCUGGCCUUCCCUAACGGACCAUUUACCAGACCACAUCCGGCGAUAUGGCGAAUAGUUUUCGGUCUGAGUGUGCUGUACUUCCUGUUCCUGGUGUUCAUCAUCUUCCUAAACUGGGAGCAGGUGAAGAACGUCAUGUACUGGCUGGACCCCAACCUGCGCUACGCCACCCGGGAGGCUGACAUCAUGGAGUAUGCGGUGAAUUGUCACGUGAUCACCUGGGAGCGAAUCCUGAGCCACUUUGACAUAUUUGCCUUCAGUCACUUCUGGGGUUGGGGCAUGAAGGCCCUGCUCAUCCGCAGCUACGGCCUCUGUUGGACCAUCAGCAUCACCUGGGAGCUCACUGAGCUGUUCUUCAUGCACCUGCUGCCUAACUUUGCUGAGUGCUGGUGGGACCAGCUGAUCCUGGACAUCCUGUUGUGUAAUGGAGGAGGCAUCUGGAUGGGUAUGACUGUCUGUCGCUUCCUGGAGAUGAGGACCUACCACUGGGCCUCCAUCAAGGACAUCCACACCACGACAGGGAAGAUCAAACGUGCUGCGCUCCAGUUCACCCCGGCUAGCUGGACCUACGUCCGCUGGUUUGACCCCAAGUCUUCCCUGCAGCGCGUCACCGGGGUCUACCUCUUCAUGAUCAUCUGGCAGCUGACAGAGUUGAACACAUUCUUCCUGAAGCACAUAUUUGUGUUCCCGGCGUGCCACGCCCUCAGCUGGUGUCGGAUCCUCUUCAUCGGCAUCAUCACAGCUCCCACCGUGAGGCAGUACUAUGCCUACCUCACAGACACACAGUGUAAGCGUGUUGGGACACAGUGCUGGGUGUUUGGAGCUACUCUGAAUGUGAGGACAGCAACUACAAUGAGGACUUUGUGUCAGAACAAGGGAAAGGAGAACUGCAUUCUGAGGGUGAGGCUCCUCCCACCAGGCAGCGUGGGCGGAGCUCAGGGAAGAACAAAUCCACCAAUGGGCUGGGGAAGAAGUAAUGCUAGCCCUGCCACCCAGGGUGGAGUCCCGCCCUCUUCUCCUGUCAGAACCCCGGAUCACAGAGGAAGAGGUGCAUGUUGGGAGAGAUGGAAGAGAAAGAAAGGAUAGACAACACUUUCCCUGUGCAUUUUAACGUACGGAGAAGCACCCAUCCAUAAGAGGGGAGAGUGGGCCCAGGUUAGAGGCAUGGUCAGUGGACAGGAUAGACAGACACCAUGUCCAUGCAGGGUUGUAGAGGAAGGAGAGAGGGGAUGUGUGGCCUAUAGAUCAGAGAACCACACAGAUUUCUACUGGUGGUUGACACGGUCAGAGCUCCUACCUACCCUACUGCUGAUCAGUUUGUGUGUGUGUCUGCAUAAGCAUGUGUGUGUGAUGGCAAUAUUGCUUCUCCUCAGUCAGAGCAGAAGAAUGCAUGUUCCAUUGUACAGGAGUUGGUAAACUACUGUGAUUGGAGAACUACAUUUAUCCUAUACCAUAUAUCUUUCAUGUGCUUCAGCCCAUUGAAUUAGGAAUUAGAAUACUAGAAUGGAUAUGAACCUUCUUAUGAUGGUAUACAGGCUGUCAGACAUUUUGGUCAGGGAGUUGGUCCACCAUGGUUAGCCAGUGCUGUGAUAAGAUAUUGUGUAAAAUAAUGAAUUGGAAGAAUUUGUCUGCAGUGUAUGUUUGUUAGCUAGCUCACCGGACAGCUUGUAGAGGAAUGAUUCAAUUCAUUUGUCAAGUUAACUGUCAAUAUGCCAACAUUCCAUUCAAACAAUCCAUACGCUGGCUGGUUGGACUUCAGCUAGUUGUAAAUGCAACAAGUUGGCUAUUGAUAUUGUAUCAUAGUGGCACUCAGUUUUCCAAGAAAACAACAACCAUUUUGACAUCUAUGGUCUGUUUACAUAUAUUAUAGAGGCUAUAUCAAAAUGUGUAUAAAAUCUGUAUAAACUGUUUAUAAUUAUGAAUUUUAGAUUGACGAUUACAUUAGACAUUUCUGAUAUCACAUGCCUUUUAUUUUCCUGUAGAAGUCAAAUCAGGAUUAUGCCUCUACUGCCAUUCAUUCCAGUUAGACUGGUUUGGAUUUCUCCCUGACCAAUAUGGCUUCCAUUAUUCACCCUAUUCUGGAAAUGUGAGGGUUUAUGACAUAGCCCCCCCCCCCCCCCCCAAUCAGACUACUGUAUGUAAAUGGUACCCUAUUCUUUAUGUAGUGCACUAAGAUUGACCAGACCCCAGUCCAAUGUACUGCACUAAGAAGACAAUAGGGUGCCAUUUGGGAAGCAGACAUUAUAUAGCUGUGUAAUAUCACAGAAGUUGGACUCGUGUGUUGACUACUGUAGGGGAAGGCUGUUGUUAUUCUCUGCUCCAUCAGGCCAAUUCUUCAUCAGUUUUCAUAUUUGUAAGUGUUCACCAUUUUUGGUUUGUUUUUAUGACUUGAACAAAGAGAGGAAUGUGAACAGAGGCCAUAUGUAUCAACCAUCUGAGUAGGAGUGCUGAUCUAGGAUCAGGUCACCCCUGUCAAUGUAACCGUACUCAUUAUGCUCUAAAAUACUCAAACUGAUCCUAGAUCAGCACUCUACUGUCGGAGUAGAGAUGCUUGGUACAUAUGGCACCAGGAUUUUAAUGUAAAGCUGCUUUGGCAUGGAAGGACGGACGUUUUAGAAUUGUUUUGUGUUUGACCUCCUGGGUCAAAACAUUGGCUUUGUGCUCCACCAGCUCCGUACGAGCCAUUGACUUCCGUUGUUUUGGAGAUGCCGUACAUUUACUGUAAUGUUUUGUGAAAUCAUCGUCAUGACCUUUGUGUGAUUAUUAUGUGACGUCCAAAAUGGCACCCUAUUGCCCUGUAUAGUGCACUACCUUUGACCAGAGUCCUAUGGGCCCUGGUUGAAAAGUAGUGCACUAUAAAGGGAUUUUGAUGCCAUUUAGGAUGCAGCCUUCCUCACCCUUCACAUCCGGGCUGCUGUCUUUUUACAGUAAAUGACGAGGCCAGUCGGUCAUAGUUGGAGCUUGGUCUGUCUGUGCAGGCAGGUAGCUUUGUUUUACUACGAUGUGGACGCUCUCGUUCUCACCUUCAUGGCAUUUAGCAUGGCUAAGUGUGGAAAUGGAUCCGAGUUUCUGAGGGACUGGGGGAUGCUACAGAUUUACUACAGUAGUAGUGAAAACAAAUGCUCUGGGUCACUGUCACACCACAUCAGUAAGCCAGUAUUCACACCAUGUCUUUUUUCAGUGUUGCUGUAAACGUUUUUAAUUCAACGCCUUUGUGCCUGUAUGUAUGUAGUUUUGUUCUUUUUACACUUCACACUUUUUUGCAGUUUGUAUUCAGCCUACUACAUUUCUCCUUGAGGUCUUAUUCCAGUGUUCUAUUGAUGAUUAUAAACUGGGUGGUUAGAGCCCUGAAUUCUGAUUGGCUGACAGCCGUGCUAUAUCAGACCGUAUACCACAGGCAUAAUUACGUUGGUAACUAGUUUAUAAUAGCUAUAAGGCACCUCGGGGCUUUGUGGUAUAUGGCCCCUAGACCACGGCUAAGCGCCGUGUUGCGUCGUGCCUAAGAACAGCCCUUAGCCGUGGUAUAUUGGCCAUAUACCACACCCCCUCGUGCCUUAUUGCUUAAGUAAAGGUUUGUCAGUCACUGGGUCUGGUCAAUACUCUUGGAAUGCAUCCAUCCUUCCGCCAUAGCUCCCUUGGAGUAAACGCUGUUCUGACAUAACUGUCUUUUUAAGCUACUUUUUUGCAUACAAGAUUGCAUAUAAUUACUGAGAAAUGUGGUUUGACGAAUGGAGUUUAGCGAUGGCACUCUGAGCUCUUAUCACCCGUCCAGUUGUCAGAUAAGUGAAUAUUUCGAGGGAGGAUAAAAGGGUGCAUUUUAGAAGUAUUCAACCAUAGCCAUCAUCUCAACAGAAAUAUUUCUCUCAUGUGAAUCUCCGCCCCUGACACUCACCCCCAGGUAGCAUGGACCAGACUCCCUGUCUGUAUACAAUACGGCACGUUGUUUCUGGAAGGAAGAGGACAGUUUGCCAAAACAAUCCCUCUCAAAAAGUAGACUUGUGUUUUGUUUGUUUUUUCACUCUGAAUUAAUAAAACUUUAUUAAAAAUG